AUAGUUGAUUAACAAUGUUGUAUUAAUUUCAGGUACAGCAAAGUGAUUCAGUUAUACAUAUACAUGUAUCUGUUCCUUUUCAAAUUCUUUUCCUAUUUAGAUUAUUACAGACUAUAGAGCAGAGUUCCCUGUGCUCUACAGUAGGUCCUUGUUGGUUAUCUAUUUUAUAUAGACCAGUGUGUACAUGUCAAUCUCAAUCUCCCAAUCUGUCCCCCCAACCACCCUUCCCCACUGUUUUCAGUCUUAACAGAAAUACUUGGAAAACCAAGCCUUUGAGAACUUCCCAGGCAGCAAUGGACAUGCUUAGAGACCACCUAACCAGUACAUAUGACCCCUACUCCAGUUACCAAAGGGAAAUCUGGGCGUUCUACUUUGAAUAUCCUUUCUAGAGUUGUUUCUAAUUUUUCCAAGAUUAAAUUUAGGAAUAUGUCUAGGAAGCAGCUGGUCUCCACCCAACUACAGAAGAAGAAACUCUCACUGACAUUACAGGGUCGUGGCUAUACCGUCAUAAACUAAGUAUUUUCCUAUCUACCUUGAUGAUCAGGGUCACAGCAGUAUAUGGCCAGAUCAGAAAGUGUAAACUCUGAAAAUGGGGUUGGAGACGGAAAGGCCACUGUGUUGCUGGCCACUGUGGUGUCACUGCUCCUGAUACAGGUGUAACCUGAAUCCUCACUUGGGAGCCAGAAAUCAGCUGAGAAGAGGCUUCAGGAGAGAGACUGCCCUGGCCCCGGAAGGUGGGUGAAGUGGGGCCUCAGCACUGCUCAUCCCACCAGACAGGCUGGACCCUUGAGCUCCUGACUGGCACUGAAGGGCUUGGAUCCGGAGACAGCAUGUACUCACCCAUCCCCCAGAGUGGCUCUCCGUUCCCAGCCUCGGUGCAGGAUCCCGGCCUGCACGUAUGGCGGGUGGAGAAGCUGAAGCCGGUGCCCGUGGCCCCUGAGAACCAGGGCAUCUUCUUCUCGGGAGACUCCUACCUAGUGCUGCACAAUGGCCCGGAAGAGCUCUCCCACCUGCACCUGUGGAUAGGCCAGCAGUCGUCCCGGGAUGAGCAGGGGGCCUGCGCCGUGCUGGCCGUGCACCUCAACACCCUGCUUGGGGAGCGGCCUGUGCAGCACCGAGAGGUACAGGGUAAUGAGUCCGACCUCUUCAUGAGCUACUUCCCACGUGGCCUCAAGUACCAGGAAGGUGGUGUGGAGUCAGCAUUUCACAAGACGUCGCCAGGGGCCACCCCAGCUGCCAUCAGGAAACUCUACCAGGUGAAGGGCAAGAAGAACAUCCGUGCCACCGAGCGGGCACUGAGCUGGGACAGCUUCAACACAGGGGACUGUUUCAUCCUGGACCUGGGCCAGAACAUCUUCACCUGGUGUGGUGCAAAGUCCAACAUCCUGGAGCGUAACAAGGCACGGGACCUGGCGCUGGCCAUUCGGGACAGCGAGCGGCAGGGCAAGGCCCAGGUGGAGAUCGUCACCGAUGGAGAGGAGCCUGUCGACAUGAUCCAGGUCCUGGGCCCCAAGCCCGCUCUGAAGGAGGGCAACCCUGAGGAAGACCUCACAGCUGACCAGACAAACGCCCAGGCUGCGGCUCUGUAUAAGGUCUCUGAUGCCACUGGACAGAUGAGCCUGACCAAGGUGGCCGACUCCAGCCCCUUUGCCCUCGAGAUGCUGAUACCCGACGACUGCUUUGUGCUGGACAACGGGCUCUGCAGCAAGAUCUACAUCUGGAAGGGGCGCAAAGCUAACGAGAAGGAACGGCAGGCGGCCCUGCAAGUGGCUGAGGACUUCAUCGCCCGCAUGCGGUAUGCCCCAAACACUCAGGUGGAGAUCCUGCCUCAGGGCCGCGAGAGUCCCAUCUUCAAGCAAUUCUUCAAGGACUGGAAAUGAGGGCGGGCGUCUCCCUGCCCCCACCUGCUGCCCGCUUGCUUCUCCUCCAGCUUCCUGGUCAGUGCCGAGGUGCCCCCGCGGAUGAUCAAUAAAGGAGACCA